AUGUCAAAGCGUCUUUCAUCUAGUGAGGAAGUACUCGACAAGUCUGCUAGUAAACGAAUCCACCUUUCAAACGGUGAUGAUUCAUCUUCAAAGGCAAAUGGCGGUGCUGCCCCUAUACUUCAUAGUGUUCCAAAAUCAAUUUUACCGAUACUUCACCAACCAUACCAAUUAUCAGAUUUUUUUACCGAUGUUGAUAAUGACAUUAACGAUCCGAAGAUUCAUAAGCAAGUGAGUUCCAUUGUAAAGUACUUCCCUCCACCUGCUCCCAACUUCCUUUCUCCCGAUUUUAGUGCAUACCAGAAUGGGCUAAUGAUUCCAUUCAUAUACCCACCACCUCCCGCACAAAAAGACGCUCAAGACGAUUUGAAGGUUAUACCUCCGUUACCCUUUCCACCACCAAAUUACAUGCCAUAUCCAUUGGUUUCCGAAAACUCCACCUUGAAUCCUAAGGACGUUUUCAAGUCGUUUUUGGAUGCCCUGGCCAAAUUGCCCAGAAUUGACAUGGUGGUUGCCAGCGCUGCUGGCUCCUUGUAUGACAUGAAGGCACAGGCUGGAGAAGAAGGUUUUACGAUAAGUGACCAUGAAGAAGAGAAGGAAAAAUUGAGGUUGGAGAAGAUAAAGAGAGAAGAUCAGCUAUUGAGCGAACAAGAGAAGAGGGAACAAGCGGAUGAUUUCGAUGACAAUGACGACAAUGACGACGACGGUGAGGACGAUGAUCACUUGGUAUAUGAUGACGAAUACGAGGAGUACAAAGAAUUUGCAUCUAACGUUGAUAUAACUGACAUUUACGAUAAAAAUGAUAAAAGUGCAGAGAGAAAUAUAUUUGAAUUGAGGAAGCCGACACAGCCUGGGUUUGGUGAGAUCAAUUCAAAUAUUAGCAAUAUCAAAAAGAAGAAAAAAGAUAAAAACUCUAAAAGAAACUUGCAUAAGUAUAAUGAAUUCUCUCUCAGUCGCCAGUCAUCUGAAUCUGAAAAGCCGUUGAAAUUGCCACUAUCAUCGAACAAAUUAACCACAUCUACAUCUCCUUCGCAGCAAUCUGCAUCUUCUGGGAAGGACAAGGACAAGAGGAAUGCCUAUCUUAAAAACUUUAACGAUAUACAAGAAUUUGAGAAGUUGAAUGAAACUGAAAUAUAUGUUGCAUUGAAAAGAACACAGCUUGAAAGAUUGAAAAAGUUGAAUGAAUCGAAGAUUCUUUUCAACGGAAAAGAAGAGAUUCAAGACGAGGAAUUAAAUGACAUCAAAAUUGCACUUGAAGAGAGUAGAGAUAUUGACUUGGUUGGAAUGAAGCUACUUGAAAAUUAUGAAUUAUUAAAUAAUGCCUUAGUAUUUUAUCAAGAUUCUAACAAGUCUUAUAAGCACAUGAACUCUAUUAUGAUAAAUAAGUUGAUGAAAUUAAAGAACUUUUUCGAAUACCAGAGAGACAUGUUCAAGAAUCAGUUGAUGGAGGAAAAUUCUUCGAAUUUGUUUGAUAUCAAAACUAAAGACUCUGGCAAACUAUUCGCCGGAAUAUCUCAAAAGGAUAUAGCAACAUUUUUGAGAGAAGAAAUGAAGAAAGAGCAAUCUGAUGACGGUAGCAAUAAGAAGAGGGAUAUUGGGCUUUCACAAUACAAUAAAUUUACGCCAACAUCUAUUCUGUUGGUUCAUGAUUUUAUGCCGCUAAUUAAUCUGAAUGAGUUCAAUUUGAUCACUGGUGAGUUACCCAAUCAUAAGUACAAGGCACAGCAACAAGAUCAAACACAUCUCAAAAUGCAAGGUCCCACGGGUUCGUCAAAUAUUAAGCAUCAAAUAUUCAAGUCCUCAUUAUACGACCCAAUGACUUCGGGUUCAGACACCAAUGGAGGUGGCUCUGAUGUCAGCAAUGUAGCAGUUCCUAAGAGAAGAGGUAGAAGAGCAGCCAACUCUUCGUUGAAUGGAACUGGGAGUGGUGCAGGUUCAGCUGGUGGAAGCAAUACGGCUGCUAAUGGAGGAGGUGGUGCUGGUAAUUCUGGAACGCCAGGUGGAUCAUCACCUGGUGAUAAAUUCAUAGAUAGCAGUGAUAAGGGUAACUUAAAAUAUUCUGAAACUUUAUUAUUGGCAAGAAUUAUGAAGCACUAUGUUCCACCCCAGGGAGCCAGACAAGAUGAGUUGGUCAAUGAUUUGGAAAGUAUGGGAGUACAAAGUAAAUGGCCCGUGUGA